AUGAGCCAACAGAAUCUAACAUUGCUGACGGAAUUCAUUCUGAUGGGAGUCACAAGGCAGCCUGAGCUUCAGGUUCCCCUGUUUGGAAUCUUCCUCAUCAUCUACACAGUCACAGUGGUGGGCAAUCUGGGCAUGAUCAUCGUGACCCAGGUAGAUUCCCAUCUACACACACCUAUGUAUUUUUUUAUCAAACACCUGGCUUUCAUUGAUCUUGGUAACGCUACUGUCAUUUGUCCCAAGAUGCUGGUAAAUUUUGUUGUGGAUAAAAAUACCAUUUCCUAUUAUGCAUGUGCCACACAGUUGGCUUUCUUCCUUAUGUUCAUAAUCAGUGAAUUUUUCAUCUUGUCAGCCAUGGCCUAUGACCGUUAUUUGGCCAUCUGUAACCCUUUGCUCUACAAUGUUAUCAUGUCCCGGAGACUUUGUCAUGUGCUGGUAGGCAUUCCAUACGUCUAUAGUACCUUUCAGGCUCUAAUGUUUACUACUAAGAUUUUUACAUUGACCUUCUGUGGCUCUAACAUCAUCAGUCAUUUCUACUGUGAUGAUCUUCCCUUGUUACUUAUGCUUUGCUCAAAUGCAAGAGAAAUAGAAUUGUUGAUCAUAAUAUUUUCAGCACUGAAUUUGAUCUCUUCCCUCAUGGUAGUCCUAGUGUCCUACAUACUCAUUCUGAUAGCCAUAUUUCAAAUGCAUUCCACAGAGGGGAGGAAAAAAGCUUUCUCCACAUGUGGUUCUCAUUUGAUGGUGGUGGUUGUAUUCUACGGGUCUCUACUAUUUAUGUACAUGCAGCCCAAAUCCACUCAUUCUUUUGAUACUGAUAAAAUGGCCUCUGUGUUUUACACUUUAGUGAUCCCCAUGCUUAACCCCUUGAUCUACAGCUUAAGGAACAAAGAGGUAAAAAAUGCAUUUCACAGAGUUUUUAAGAAUCAGUGCAAACUUUGUAGCUAAUAUUUAAUGCAGAAUGUUGUUUUAAUAAACUAUGAAAAAGGCAAGUGUCACUUGAUAAUUUUUCUCAUAGAUAUAAUUACAUUUUUUUGGCUCCAGAGCAAAAACUAAUUAUAAUGCACAAGUAGAUUGUUUCCCAUAUAUUCAGCCAAAUUAAUUCUAUUUUAGACCUCAAUUAAUUGUCACUCCUUCCUCAAUAUUCCCUUGUUUUUGAUUCAAUGUUCCCUUUAGUGAUCCAGUAGAACCUCAUAUUUCUCCUAGUGGAAACUCUUAUCAAACUCGACAUCAAUAAUUUAUGUGUUUGCUUCUGUCAGUUUUUUUUUAAAGCAUGUAUCUUCUGAAUCUUGUUUUCAUUGUAUUUUCUGAACCUAAAACAACAAUGUAAACAAAAUGAGUCUCUUGCAAACAGCAUAUAGUUGGACCAUGAUUUUUUAAAAUCCAUUUUGCCUGUAUCUGCCGUUGUAGAA